AAACCCUUCAUAUCCUGCGAGUUUCAGUUCUACCUCUUGCAAUACCCACACCUCUUCGUCUACUCUUUCUCUCAUACGCAUACGAUCCUAUCCCUGAAACAAGGUCAUCUCUUAUCUGGGAACCACUGAGCAUCAUUAAAAAUGUCGUCCGAUUACCAGCUUCUCUUCUUCCCCCAAACUGCUUAUUCAUCACCUGCUCUCAGCAUCGAGGUGGUUUUUGUCGCAGUUCUUCUGCUCGUCAUCUUUGGCUUCUGGCUUUCACCUGGUGGGCUCGCUUGGGCUAUCUCGAAAGUUCAAACUCAAUCUCGAAUGGCAAUCCCAGGACCAUCUGGGUUCCCUCCUGGCUCGUUAUUUGCCUUUACUGGCCCUGUGGCCCACCGAAUUCUUGCCAAGCUCUCCCACCGCUUUAAUGCCCUUCAUCUCAUGGCCUUCUCUGUGGGUUUCACUCGUUUCAUCAUCUCAAGCCACCCUAAUAGUGCUAAAGAGAUUCUCAGCAGUACAGCCUUUGCGGAUCGACCUGUUAAGGAAUCUGCCUACGAGCUACUAUUUCACAGAGCCAUGGGUUUCGCUCCAUUCGGAGAGUAUUGGAGAAACUUAAGGAGAAUCUCAGCUACCCACUUGUUUAGCCCCAAGAGAAUCUCUGGUUUUGGGGCUUUCCGAUGUGAAAUCGGAUUGAAGAUGGUGGAAGAGAUAAAGAGUUCCAUGGAAUUGAAAGGAAAGGUGGAGGUGAAGAAGUUGCUGCAUUUUGGGUCGUUAAAUAAUGUUAUGAUGAGUGUAUUUGGGAUGAGUUAUGAUUUCAAGAAGGGUGGAGAUGGGUAUGAGCUGGAAGAGCUGGUAAGUGAAGGGUAUGAGUUGCUUGGGACCUUUAACUGGAGUGAUCAUUUCCAUGUUCUGGGUUGGUUGGACUUGCAGGGAGUGAGGAAGAGAUGCCAAAAUCUGGUUUCAAAGGUGAAUGUUUUUGUUGGAAAGAUCAUUGAAGAGCACAGGAGGAAGAGGGUUAAUGGAGUCUUGGGUGAUGAGACCACCAUUAUUGGUGACUUCGUCGACGUUUUGCUUGACUUAGAGGAGGAGGAUAGGAUCAGUGAUUCGGACAUGAUUGCUGUUCUUUGGGAGAUGAUAUUCAGAGGGACUGAUACAGUGGCGAUUCUUCUGGAGUGGAUUUUGGCAAGAAUGGUGAUGAACCCAGAAAUCCAAUCCAAAGCGCAAUCAGAAAUAGAUGCUGCAGUGGGAACCACCCGAAACGUAUCAGAUUCUGAUCUGCAGAAGCUCCCUUACCUUCAAGCCAUAAUAAAGGAAUCCCUUAGAAUGAACCCUCCAGGUCCCCUCCUUUCUUGGGCCCGUCUUGCCGUCCAUGAUGUUCAAGUUGGGGCCCAUUUCGUCCCUGCAGGAACUACAGCUAUGGUGAACAUGUGGGCAAUAACACAUGAUGAAACUAUAUGGUCAGAACCCAAUGAGUUCAAGCCUGAGAGAUUCAUGGAGGAAGAAGUGAGCAUUAUGGGUUCGGAUUUGAGGUUGGCACCAUUUGGAUCUGGCAGAAGGGUAUGUCCUGGUAAGACUAUGGGUCUUGCUACUGUUCAGAUAUGGUUGGCUCAGUUGCUUCAAAAUUUCAAAUGGGUUCCUUCUGAUUGUGGUGUAGACAUGUCUGAAUGCCUCAAGCUCUCUCUUGAGAUGAAGAAUCCCUUGGUUUGUGUUGCUGUUCCAAGAAGUUCUUGAAUGAUGCUGGCUUUUGUGGUGUGGGUUUUUGCUUUUCUUUUGAUAUGAUAGGACAGAGAUAGUUAGGAGUAGUAUUUUUAUUUAGCUAUAGAUUAGAGAAAAAAAGAAGAAAAGAAAAGGAGGUAGCUUGGUUAGUUUGGGUUUCUUGUUUUAGUCUUUUCGUUUGUAAGUGUAAGCUUGGUUGGUUAAGCUGUGUCACUUUCUCCUUCCAUCCACCUUGUGUUAAUUAAUGGCUGGCUGAGACUAACUAUCUAUGUUGUUUCUGCUCAUGUGGGAAAGUGGGGUUGAAGGUUUGUCUAUAUUGUAUUGACUUUUAUGCAUUAUAUGUUCAUCUUUCUUUUAAA